AUGCCGGCACAAAUCGAGCAGAAGACGGUUGAUCCCGAAGCUGAGCUUAGUAACGUUCAACGAAUGUUUAAAAAGCUUGCGCCGCUAUGUAGUGUGGAAAAACGCGCCGGCGGUAUACCUCAACUGGCACCCCAAGAGAAGCAGCUUGGCAUCCUUGCCAAGGAGUUACAGGAGACGCUGCUAUGCAUAAAUCUGGCAAGGAAAGGCAUGCACGCUCUUCGAGACUCCCAAACCAAGAGCGGCACGCGCAAGUCCAUUGUUGAGUACGAGGCGAAAGAGUUGGAGCUUCGCGACGAGCGCGCCCAGCAAACGGAGUUGGACUGUCUGAACUACCUGGCCCAGAAACAACUCGUGGAGUUAAUGAAGGAAGUGCCGACAGCGGCUGAAGAACUGGCGAUGAUAGAGAACGCCAACAACCGCCUUCGUCGUAUGGAGAACCGCCUGGACUUGGCUACGAAGCGAUUCUGUGUCGUCAAUUCGGACAAUAAAAGUGUUCGGGAGGAGAUCAACAGACUCCUUGUUGAGAGAAACGACUUCAACAUCCAGUGGAACCGCACAAUCGGGAGACUGGUGAAGGGCAAGGAGUAUUUGAUGGAUAUUUUGGAGAUCGCGAGCGCCGCUUUCAGCAACCGCGACGAGUGCUGCAGGAAGCUCGAGGCUCUCAAGUGGAAGGGAAUGUUCCAGCUAAACAGAGAUAUUUUGGUCUAA